AUGCCCAAACACCAUGAAUUAGAGCCUACUAUGCGCGACCCAGUAUUCCCAACUAUUUGUGCGCUGGCGCUCGUGUUACUUUUGCUGGUUUUGCCAACGCAUGUGCGGGCUCGUAAUAUCGGUACUCUCCUCUUUAUUGGCUGGUCGUUCAUUUCAACCCUCGUUUUCUUCGUCAACUCACUCGUUUGGGCUGGAAACCUUUCUGACCCAGCUCCGGUUUGGUGCGAUAUCUCGGCCAAAAUUCUGAUUGGGGUUAGCGUCGGGUUGAGCGCUGCAUCACUGUGCAUCAACCGUAAACUCUAUCAAAUCACGCACCCAAAAUAUGCUCACGGCGAUAGCAACUCUAAACGCCGCACGGCUAUGUUCGACCUUGGAAUCGGGCUGGGCCUUCCUGUGCUUGUCAUGAUAUUACAUACUGUAGUUCAAGGUCAUCGCUAUGAUAUCAUUGAAGACGUUGGCUGUUACCCCACCACCUACACGACUCUCCUUGCUAUCCCAAUGGUUUUCAUGUGGCCUGUUCUUAUCCACUGCGUAGGCUUGUUCUACUCCUUUUUCACCAUCCGUGAAUUGGUCAAUCGACGCCGCCAAUUCUCCAACAUGCUCUCGACUACACGAUCUGGCCUCAAUACGUCUCAGUAUUUACGGCUCAUGGCGCUUGCGGCAACCGAAAUGGUGCUUUCUCUCCCUCUCAGCCUCUAUGUCCUCAUCAGCUUUAUCAUGACGCCACAAAACCCCUGGAUAAGCUGGGCGGAUACGCAUCAAGGCUUUGGGAACAUCACGUUCGAGGCCUGGGAAUCCGUCGAGUUAAACCCACCAUUCAUGGUCAUACUCCAAUUCACUCGAUAUUCUGCCCCCAUUCUGGCAAUCGUAUUUUUCCUGUAUUUCGGAAUUGCGGGUGAAGCCACCGCAGAGUAUCGUAGAUGGUAUUGGUCCAUUGCUGGACGGUUUGGUGUCAAGAAACAGGCUGGUUCAGGAUAUUCUGGCUGGACCAACCGUCUUGCGUCUAAUCCAUCCACUGCCCCACAUAAUGUGUCAUUCCCGUCCGCUCGUCCUACCAUGGACACCACACGCUACCCGAGCCACUCUUUGGACCGUGUCACCAAGAACGACGUAGAAUCACAACUGCAAUCUCGAGAUACUCUAGACUUGCAUAGCUUGAAUAGGUCUGGCGAUUUGGCAGAGCCAAAGCCUGCGGAGCACAAGUAA